AUGGAAUAUUCAUCAAGUCGUUCUCCUUCAAGAAUACCUGCGAGAUACCAUGCCAACUCAAGCGAGCAUAGAGGGAACCAUCAUGGCAAUGAUGAUUCUGGAGAUUUUUAUCGUUCUAGGGAGUUUCCAAGGGAUCCAUAUCAUAUCAGAGCCGACCGCGAUGAUGACGACAAUUCCAGGGAAGCACAGCGAAGAAAGCUAGCCCCGCCAAAUUCUGUUAUUGGUGUAUUUGGGCUUUCUGAAGACACUACAGAGUCUGAUUUAAAGGAGCUAUUUUCUCCCUUUGGCGAGAUCAAAAAAAUCAACCUCAUAUUUGAUCGCGAAACAGGCCGCUUUAAAUGCUUUGCAUUUGUAUAUUUUGAAUCCGUCGGCAGUGCCUCUAGAGCACUGCAAGAAAAAAACGAGACAGAGCUCAAGGGGAAUCUAAUCCGCAUCGACUUUUCUGCCACUGCACGAAACUCGUCGUUUAGAAGCACUCUUCCACAACGAAUAUCAUCUGGGGACGACUACUACCAUCGAGAUUCUCAUCACCACGCUGAAAAUCACCAGCCGACAGACUCAUAUUCCAGAUAUGCAUAUCGAGAUUCUCAGCGGGGCUAUAUUAACCAUACGUCUUUCGAUAGAUAUACAGAUCGCGCUCCUUCCAGAAGAUAUGACGAUUAUCCUCCAAGGCGGACACACGCUUCGCCACCAAGAGAGAGGUCUUAUUCCCAUCGUCAAUAUGAUCUCCCGACACACUAUGAUGAGCACCACAGGUAUUCUCGUACCAUCCAAGACCAUCAACGAAGCUAUUCUCCAGACCAAUAUUCCCGGUUCCGCUAUCAAGGCCCGCCUCCCAGAGAGCGAAGGAUGGGUGCGCCUAUGCCGCCCUCCCCUACAUAUGAUGACCGCAACAGCUCCUCGUACUAA